GAAUAUUUAAAUUGUGAGAUGGUAAAAUUCAUCUGCUGUUCAGAAAUCAGCAAAACAAAGAUACCAACAGUUUAGUGGGACAGUUUUCAGCAGAGCAUCAAGAAAGGAACAUCCCAUUUAGUGAGGAGAAAGGAAGCAGAGGAAGAGAAAAAUUCUCUCCAGACAGCAGAUAUGCAGUGGAAUCUGGUUCUGUUCAUUCUGAUGGGUCAGAGUUGUUUCAUCAACUGUCAGCUCUAUGAGUUUCUCUACAUUAAUAAGGAUAUGAACUGGACUGAAGCUCAGCAGUACUGCAGAGAGAAACACACUGACCUGGCCACAGUGUCUAACAUGGCAGACAUGAAGAGACUCCUCAGUACCAGAGCAGGAGAUAAGAGGGAGGCUUGGAUUGGUCUGAAGGAUCAUGGUAACAGAACAUGGUACUGGUCUCUGCCUGGAGUGGAGUUCAAUGAAAGGGAGACAAACUGGAACCCAGGAGAACCAAGUGAUGUCAAUAAUGGAAAUGAGAACUGUGGAUAUUUAAAUAAUGACCUUAGAUGGAUAGAUACUGGUUGCCAACAUAAAUACCAUUUCCUCUGUUAUAAUGAAACUAAAAGAACCCAGAAAUACCACUUGAUUAGAGAGAAGAAAACCUGGCAGGAAGCUCAGAGUUACUGCAGAGAGAAACACACAGACCUGAUCAGUGGAAUGAAGCAGCUACAGGAUGGAGAACUGAAGGAAGUGAUGAAGUCUGCAGAUAAUAAAACAUACUUUGGUCUGUUCAGAGACACCUGGAGGUGGUCAGAUGGAAGCAGUUUCUCUUUCAGACACUGGCAAGACUGGUUAAACAAUCAGGAGAUCAACAGUGGUCGAUGUGCCGUGGCUGGGAUUGAUGAUGAAGGCAGAUGGAAGACUGACAGCUGUAAUCUGGAAAAACCCUUCAUCUGUUAUAAUGCAGAUAAAGUGAUACUAGUCCAAGAAAACAAAUCCUGGGAGGAUGCCUUAGACUACUGCAGAAAAUACCAUGUUGACCUGGUCACCAUCACCAGCCUAGAUGAGCAGAGAUGGAUCCAGGAGAAAGCCAAGAACGCCACAACUGAUUAUGUCUGGAUGGGACUGCACUACGCCUGCACUCUGGAUUUGUGGUUCUGGGUCAAUGACAAAAUGGUCAAGUAUGAGAACUGGGCCUCAGAGCAACCAAUGGAUGACUGUGACAUGUCUGGAGCCAUGGAGACAGGAGGAGAACAUCAGUGGAGGAAAAAAAAUGAUAGUGAGAAGUUUAAUUUUAUCUGCUCUAAGGAUUAAAACAGUUUGUAUAAUAGAUUAGGUGUGGUGUUUUAACGUAGGAUAUUUUGUAGUUCUGUGGAAACAUCUUGAAUUAUA